AUGGGAGGCACUUUACCUUCGAACAUUGUAAUAAACCCAAAAGCACUGCAUGCUAUAACUUUAAGAAGUGGAAAGAAGGUUGGAAAUGUUGAGGAUGAUGAGGAAGAUGUUCUGCAAAAUGGUGGUUUAGAGGUUCAGAAUGACAUGGGAACAGCUUGGUUAAAUACAAAUGCCCCAAAAUGUUAUGAAUCAGAGUCAGCUACAUCCAAAGAUCAACCAGAACAAAAAUUAGACAAGGGCAGGAAGAAUGCAGCAGCAUUUGCAAAAGAAGAUUCCACCUACAAGGAUGCUAAACAAUCUGCAACUGCAAAGCAUAUUCAAAAUAUGAAGAAUAGUGAGCUGAAUUCCAGUAAUUGCAAGUCACAAAACACAGAAAAAGAAGCUGGAGAUUCAGGUAAACGCUUUGACUUGAAAGAUUCACCAUUUCCUAAAUCUUAUCUGCUAGGCAAGAAAAAGAAUAAUGAAAUACUGGAAAAAGAAAUGAUGGAUCUGUAUAGCAAACUAGAGAUUAAUGUGCCUAUGUUGGUGUUAAUUAAACAAAUGCCUAGUUAUGCUAAGUUUUUGAAGGAAUUAUGCACACAUAAAAGGAUUUGCAGACCCAAUAAAAGAGUCCAACUAGGUUCUAAUGUUUCAGCAUUAUUCAAGCCUCAAUUACCUAUCAAAUGUGCUGAUCCUGGCUCCUUUACUGUCCCAUGCCAAAUAGGAAGAUUGAACUUUAGCAGUGCACUUUUGGAUUUGGGUGCUGCCAUUAAUGUAAUGUCCCAUUCAGUUUAUAAUUCAUUAGGGAUCACAAACAUCAAAACUACUAGUAUAAUACUUCAAUUGGCCGAUAGGAGUGCUAGGAAACCUUAUGGUUUUUUAGAAGACAUCCUAGCCAACGUCAAGGGUCUUGUAAUUCCAGCAGAUUUUUAUGACUUAGACAUGUCAAAUGAAUCUUGCCUUGAAGAAUCUUUGAUAUUGGGAAGACCAUUUUUGAGGACUGCAAACACUGUGAUUAGCUUAAAAGAUUUUCAUUAUAAUGGAAGUUGGUGA